ACUGUGACACACACACACACACACACACUACAGCGCCUCAUAGCUUUCCGCGGUUGUUUCAGUCGCUGUCACACAGGGAGACACUGCUACACUGUCAGCCUCUCCACACACACACCACCGAGAUCCGGGAGCCGCUCCACACCGAGGACCGACACACGGAAAAGUAUCCUGUCUGCGGAGGGACGCAGGGCGGCUGCUGGAGCUGGUGCCGGAGCAGAGCAGAUUUUUCAAGGUGUUAGCUUUACUUUAACAGGCUUCUUCACCCGGCACCUCACCGCCGGACUGACAACAGCUGCUCACGGACCGAGAGCUGAGAGGAAAGCGACUUUCUUCCGUCAGAAGAUGGCUUCAACCGACUCGCGGCUCCAGCAGCAGCCCUCCCAGAAGGAUGCGGCCGACCAGAACUUUGACUACAUGUUCAAGCUGCUGAUCAUUGGCAACAGUAGCGUGGGAAAAACCUCCUUCUUGUUUCGCUACGCAGACGACUCCUUCACCUCCGCCUUCGUCAGCACUGUGGGCAUCGACUUCAAGGUCAAGACUGUCUUCCGCAAUGACAAGAGGAUCAAGUUGCAGAUCUGGGAUACAGCAGGACAGGAGCGCUACCGCACCAUCACCACAGCCUACUACAGAGGAGCCAUGGGCUUCCUGCUCAUGUAUGACAUCACCAACCAGGACUCCUUCAACGCCGUUCAGGACUGGGCGACGCAGAUCAAGACGUACUCGUGGGACAAUGCUCAGGUGAUCCUGGUCGGUAACAAGUGUGACCUGGAGGACGACAGGCUCGUACCCACAGAGGACGGCCAGCGGCUGGCAGAGGAUCUCGGUUUCCAGUUCUUUGAGGCCAGUGCGAAGGACAACAUCAACGUGAAGCAGGUGUUUGAGCGUCUAGUGGACGUCAUCUGUGAGAAGAUGAACGAGAGCAUGGAGGGAGACAUGAACCUCGUACCCAACCACAGGAACCAGGCCCUUAAGGACUCACCUUCAGAGAGCCACGGGGGCUGUGCUUGCUAAACCAUCUGCCCUCACACCAGCUCCCCCAACACACACACUCACACACACUGAUACUCAUACAUGAAGACCUUCCUUCUCUGUGCCUCAACCAUGUAAAGUGCCGCACCUCUUCCUCUCUCGUCACUGCCGCUCCGCUUUGUCCACACAGCCCAGCAUGAACCGAAGGGCAGCUAGCUGAGAUAAUCUUCAUCAGUGCUGUCAGACCCCUCUCCUCCCUAGGCCUGUCUGUCUGUCAGGCUUUUACCUUAAAGAGGCCCACUUCCUGUCUCCGCUCUGUGGUGAGCUGAUAGUCCACUAAAACCUGCCCUGUGCUCUGUCCACUCCCGACAUCACCCGCCUUGACCACUGCUGCUACAUGAGCAUUUUAAAGUCAGAUAUUUGUGCAGAUAGCUCGAAAAUAGCAGUGCCAAAUAGUGUCUGUAGACGGCUGUACUUUUAGCAUCCAUUGUUUUGUUUGAGAUUCAUACAGCACAUGUGCUUAGGUUGCAGUUUUGUACAGCACACUGGAAAUGAUGUACGUCUCAGAAAAGGGCAUAUUGAACUAUGUGAGGAUUAAAGGAACAGAUCCACAUUUUGGGAAAUAGGUUUAUUUGCUAUCUUGAUACGACUCUCAUGUCUGUGUGCUAGAAUUGAAGCUACAGCUAGCAGCCGGUUAGCCUAGCUUUGCAUGAAGACUGUUUUUUUUUGUUUGGAUUAACAAACAAACUCAUCCAUUUCCAUUUUGGUACCUUUGGAGCAUGGUGGUUAGCAUUGUCGCUUCACAGCAAGAGGGUCCUCUGUGUGGAGUCUGCAUGUUCUCCCUGUGUCAGCGUGGGUUUCCUCCAGGUGCUCCAGCUUCCUC